AUGGAGAAGGAGGGUGUGUCCAUGGAGAAGGAGGGCGUGCCCAGGGAGAAGGAGGGCGUGUCCAGGGAGGAGGGCGUGUCCAGUGAGAUGGAGGGCGUGUCUAUGGAGAAGGAGGGCGUGUUCAGGGAGAAGGAGGGUGUGUCCAGGGAGAAGGAGGGCGUGUCCAGGGAGAAGGAGGGCGUGUCCAGUGAGAUGGAGGGCGUGUCCAGGGAGAAGGAGAGCGUGUCCAGGGAGAAGGAGGGCAUGUCCAGUGAGACGGAGGGCGUGUCCAGUGAGAUGGAGGGUGUGUCCAGGGAGAAGGAGGGCGUGUCCAGUGAGAUGGAGGGUGUGUCCAGGGAGAAGGAGGGCGUGUCCAGGGAGAAGGAGGGCGUGUCCAGGGAGAAGGAGGGUGUGUCCAGUGAGACGGAGGGCGUGUCCAGGGAGAAGGAGGGCAUGUCCAGUGAGACGGAGGACGUGUCCAGGGAGAAGGAGGUAGUGUCCAGGGAGAAGGAGGUAGUGUCCAGGGAGAAGGAGGGCAUGUCCAGUGAGACGGAGGGCUUGUCCAGGGAGAAGGAGGGCAUGUCCAGUGAGACGGAGAGCGUGUCCAGGGAGAAGGAGGGCAUGUCCAGUGAGACGGAGGGCGUGUCCAGGGAGAAGGAGGUAGUGUCCAGGGAGAAGGAGGUCGUGUCCAGGGAGAAGGAGGGCAUGUCCAGUGAGACGGAGGGCGUGUCCAGUGAGAUGGAGGGUGUGUCCAGGGAGAAGGAGGGCGUGUCCAGGGAGAAGGAGGGUGUGUCCAGUGAGACGGAGGGCGUGUCCAGGGAGAAGGAGGGCAUGUCCAGUGAGACGGAGGACGUGUCCAGGGAGAAGGAGGUAGUGUCCAGGGAGAAGGAGGUAGUGUCCAGGGAGAAGGAGGGCAUGUCCAGUGAGACGGAGGGCUUGUCCAGGGAGAAGGAGGGCAUGUCCAGUGAGACGGAGAGCGUGUCCAGGGAGAAGGAGGGCAUGUCCAGUGAGACGGAGGGCGUGUCCAGGGAGAAGGAGGUAGUGUCCAGGGAGAAGGAGGUCGUGUCCAGGGAGAAGGAGGGCAUGUCCAGUGAGACGGAGGGCGUGUCCAGGGAGAAGGAGGGCAUGUCCAGUGAGACGGAGGCCGUGUCCAGGGAGAAGGAGGUAGUGUCCAGGGAGAAGGAGGGCAUGUCCAGUGAGACAGAGGGCGUGUCCAGGGAGAAGGAGGUCGUGUCCAGGGAGAAGGAGGGCAUGUUCAGUGAGACGGAGGCCGUGUCCAGGGAGAAGGAGGUCGUGUCCAGGGAGAAGGAGGGCAUGUCCAGUGAGACGGAGGGCGUGUCCAGGGAGAAGGAGGUAGUGUCCAGGGAGAAGGAGAGCGGGUUUAGGAGGACUAAGGAUACUACGCUUAAAACACUACAUUUACUUUGUUAA